AUGUCCUAUCACUGUGAUUUCUGCCUCAAGGGCAAUUUCCGAUCCACACGAGCAGUCAGCGCUCACAUAACAAACGCUCCUGAAUGCAGGCACCAGAUGGAAAUGUUUCCUGAGCAAGAGGCCCUAGGGCUGGACCCAUGGGCACCCUUCGCGGACGAAGAAGAAUGGGCCCUUGUCAAGUGGUUGAUAUCACGGGUGGGACAGACAGCGAUAGACGAGUUCCUCAAACUACCAAUUGCACGACACAUGCGCACUUCUUUCACCAGCAAAUACACAUUGAUGAAGUCUGUGGAUAAGCUUCCACACGGCACUGAGUGGAAAUUGAAGAGAAUCAAUGUUGAGGGGAACUUACUCACAAAUGGCCAGUGUGAGCGCGAGGAACUCGAGUUGUGGUUGCGCAAUCCUGUCGACUGCAUACAGGAGCUCAUGGCGAAUGCGGAGUUCAAUGGUGUGGUGUCAUACACACCAGAGAGGGUGUUUGCAGAUGUGGAGGGCAAGGUACGACAGUUUGAUGAAAUGUGGACGGGAGACUGGUGGUGGGAGAUGCAGGGAAGAUUGCCUGAAGGGGCUAUGGUUGCUCCAACCUCACUGUCUCAAUUCCGAGGUGAUCAAGAAGUCUGGCCGGACAUCCGUCGUCCGCCAUCCAAACACGCCUCGAUACUCAUUGCCUACCUACCUAUAUCGAAGCUGGAGUGUUUCUCGCGCGACACUCGUUCUCUAGAACGCUAUCGUCUUUUUCACUACUGUAUGACCCAACUUCUCGAGCCGCUGGUCAGUGCAGGCAAGGAUGGUGUUGACGUGGUUUGCCCUGAUAGCCGUGUCAGGCGGAUGCACCCGAUUCUUGCAGCGUACGUCGCAGAUUUCCCUGAACAAUGUCUUGUAUCGUGCUGUAUGGAGAAUAGAUGCCCCAAAUGUGUCGUCGGACGCAACGACCGUGGCGACAUCAGACGAUCAGCUCCCCGCGAACGAGACUCGAUUAUGGAGUAUCUACGCCAGCACUCGCGGGGUGAAUUGAGCGUUGAACGCUUCGAGGGAGAGUUAGGGCUGCGAGCCAUAUACCAACCUUUCUGGGCCACGCUGCCCCACAACGACAUAUUCCUGGGUAUGACUCCCGACAUCCUGCACCAGUUGCACAAGGGGGUCUUCAAGGAUCAUCUUGUUAGUUGGUGUACAGACAUCAUUGGCGAGGAGGCACUCGACGCCCGUGUCAAGUCGAUGACUUCAUACGCUGGCCUUCGUCACUUCCACAAGGGUAUUUCGAAGCGGAAGCAGUGGACCGGCACUGAUUAUAGAGAACUCCAGCGUGUAUUCCUCGGCGUUAUUGCAGGAGCAGUCGAGAACAGGGUGAUAUUAGCAGUACGUGCUGUGUUGGAUUUCAUCUACUAUGCUCAAUACCAAUCGCACACGGAAAAAUCGCUGGCUCGCAUGCAAACUGCACUCGCCUCAUUCCAUGCCAACAAGAACAUCUUUAUCGAACUUGAAGUCCGCGAGCACUUCAACAUCCCCAAAAUUCAUUCCAUGGUCCACUAUAUCGACUCUAUUCGUUUAUUUGGGAGCGUGGACGGAUUUAAUACCGAGCUUCCAGAACACCUUCACAUCGAUCUCGCCAAACGUGCUUACCGUGCAAGCAACCGCCGCGACUACGUCAUUCAGAUGACGAUGUGGCUACGUCGGCAAGAGUCACUUUGUAUUAAGGACACAUACCUACAUUGGUGGGCUUCUCAACGUCUUAUCGACAAACCGUCGGACUCUGCAGCUGCGCUAGAUCUUUCGGAUACAGAUUCCGACUCAGACGAUGAUAUUCCCGACCACUCGCGCCAGCUUCACAUCAUGCCUCGCCAGAUCCACCGCUUCACAAUGUUGUCUGCCACACGUGGCUACUUCGUCCCCAAGAUCUGCUCAUUCCACAACAUACCAAUUCAACGCCUCAUCGAAAACCACGGCGCCUCUCAGUUCGUUCCUGCGCUUCAAGCGUUCGUCAACGAGCGCUUUCCAGGUCAGCUGCAUAGGCAGCUAAAUGCACAGGACCGUGUCGACGUCUUCAAAUAUUUGUCAGUGCUCUCGCCAGCUCGACCCCACAUUACGAACUCCAAGUGUUUUUUCAAGAUACGCGCAUCACCAGUGGUGGCUUCGAGGGAUCCGCGUAAACCGCCAGCACCUGCUCGGUUUGACACCGCGCUUUUCAUCGAAAACCGAGAACUGUACACGGCGAAGGGCAUAUCAGGGCUACGAGUUGGUGAGGUGAAGGUUGUUUUUAAUCUGCCGUCACGUCUUGGCGAAUUUUCGCAUCCACUUCUGUAUGUUCACUGGUUCAGACCUCUACAGACCUUCGACAAUAAUUUGCAGACCUUCCGACUGGCUCGGUCAUCACGACAGCACGGACCUCAUGCAGCCAUAGUGCCUGCCACAGAAGUCAUUCGUGCGUGUCACGUUAUUCCACGUUUUAGUCGACAGCACGUUGUUGAUGAGGAGCAGUUCUAUCUUAACAAGUAUAUUGACUUAGAUUUAUUCGAGCGCUUGGUGUUGUAG